CCUCCCGCCAAAGUUUACAGAGUUUGAAAAUAAUGGUCUGACUGUUUAGACCAAUGGUACGUGAUUUCAAAAUGCGCUUCAGAAGAUUGCACAGCAUUUGUUCGCGUUCACUGAAAAACGAACCGGCGACUCAUCUCAGAGCAGAAUUACCACACAGAAAAAGUCCCAAGAUAUCCGGCGGUGAACCACCGGCGAAGGCAAAAAAAGUCAGUAGCUCGGAUAUAGUGCAAUGGAACAGGACCAUCACCCAACACAUGCGACAAGGAGAAUGCGAUUCCGCACUGCGCUUAUUUGAUUCCAUGCCUGCCAAGUCCUGUGUAUCCUGGAAUGCAAUGAUAUCUGGGUAUUUGUCGAACGGCAGAUUGGACCUCGCACAGCAGUUGUUUGAUGAAAUGCCUCAAAGAGAUUUGGUAUCCUGGAACAUUAUGCUUAGUGGGUAUAUCAAGAGUAAGAAUUUUGGGUCAGCUAAGAUAUUGUUUGAUCAAAUGCCUGUUAAAGAUGUAGUUUCGUGGAAUGCGUUGCUUUCCGGGUAUGCCCAGAAUGGAUACAUUGCUGAUGCUAAAAGGAUCUUUGACAUGAUGCCUGUGAAGAAUGAAAUCUCGUGGAAUGGACUUCUGGCUACGUAUGUUCAGAAUGGGAGGAUUGAGGAGGCGAGGAAAUUGUUUGAGUCAAAGGACUAUUGGCCGCUGGUUUCUUGGAAUUGCUUGUUGGGCGGGUAUUUGAAGAAGCAGUUAUUGGCUGAGGCGAGGGUGCUUUUUGAUAGAAUGCCUGUGAAGGAUCAGGUCUCAUGGAACACAAUAAUUUCUUGUUAUGCCCAGAAUGAUAAUUUGGAGGAAGCGAGGAAGUUGUUCGAUGAGUCCCCCAUUAAAGACGUGUUUACGUGGACUUCACUGCUUUCUGGUUAUGUACAGAAUGGGAUGGUAGAUGAGGCUAGAAGGAUUUUCCAUGAGAUGCCAGAGAAGAAUGAGAUCUCGUGGAAUGCAAUGAUUGCAGGAUAUGUGCAGUCUAAGAGGAUGGACUUGGCGAGGGAAUUCUUUGAGGCAAUGCCUUGCAAGAACGUCAGCUCUUGGAACACAAUGAUAACAGGCUAUGCACAAAAUGGGGAUAUCGUGAGUGCCAGAAGUUUAUUUCAUUGCAUGCCUUGUCGUGAUUGCAUCUCUUGGGCAGCAAUAAUUGCUGGAUAUGCUCAAAGUGGCAAUAGUGAGGAGGCAUUGCGCAUGUUUGUGGAGAUGAAAAGAAAUGGCGGGAGGAUAAAUAGGUCGGCAUUUACUUGCGCUUUGAGUACAUGUGCUGACAUUGCUGCUUUCGAAUUAGGAAAGCAAAUACAUGGACUGCUUGUCAAGGCUGGAUAUCACACUGGUUGCUACGUAGGAAAUGCGCUCCUAGCAAUGUACUGUAAGUGUGGAAGCAUUGAUGAGCCAUAUGAUGUGUUCGAGGAAAUAGAAGAGAAAGAUGCUGUCUCUUGGAAUACAAUGAUCGUUGGUUAUGCAAGGCAUGGUUUUGGCAAACAAGCUCUUCAACUAUUCAAAUCGAUGAAAGAAGCAGGUUUCAAACCUGAUGAUGUCACCAUGGUUGGUGUAUUGUCUGCUUGUGGCCAUACUGGCCUGAUUGACAAGGGCAUGGAAUACUUUUACUCAAUGGGUCGAGAUUAUGGAAUAACUGCAAACCCAAAACACUAUACUUGCAUGAUUGACCUUCUGGGUCGAGCUGGUCGCCUGAAUGAUGCUCAAAAUCUAAUGAAGGACAUGCCAUGUGAACCAGAUGCUGCAACUUGGGGUGCUCUCCUUGGGGCAAGUAGGAUCCAUGGAAAUACUGAAUUAGGAGAAAAGGCUGCUGAAAUGAUUUUCAGUUUAGAGCCAUUGAAUGCAGGGAUGUAUGUCCUUCUCUCAAACUUAUAUGCAGCUUCUGGUAGAUGGCGUGAUGUUAGCAAGAUGAGAUUAAAAAUGAGGGAUAUAGGUGUAAGGAAAAUGCCUGGUUACAGCUGGGUUGAGCUGCAAAAUCAGAUUCAUCUUUUUUCAGUCGGGGAUACCAUGCAUCCAGACAACAAGAAAAUAUAUGCUUUCUUGGAAGAAUUAGAAUUACUAAUGAAGCAGGAGGGUUAUGUCUCUGCCACGAAAUUGGUCCUGCAUGAUGUGGAUGAAGAGGAGAAGGCACACAUGCUCAAGUAUCAUAGCGAAAAAUUGGCUGUUGCCUUUGCAAUUCUAAAUGUACCAUCUGGGAGACCAAUUCGUGUGAUGAAAAAUUUAAGGGUUUGUGGAGAUUGUCAUACUGCUAUCAAGAUCAUAUCAAAGAUUGUGGGGAGAUUGAUAAUCAUUCGGGAUAAUAACCGGUUUCAUCACUUCAGUGGAGGUGUUUGUACCUGUGGAGACUAUUGGUAGUACUAGAAUGUGAAAGUUUACCAGUAGAUUUCAGCGGCGGUAAUAUUUAGCUAUUGCGCUGGCCAUGAGGCCAUCUCCACACAUGUUGAGGAUUUAUGGUGGUUGCCGGACCCCACGCAUAGCGGGAGCUUAGUGCACCGAGCUGCCCUGCACAUGGGGAAGAAAAGCGCAAGCACUUGGUUUUAGUUCUUCCUCUAUCCAACAUGAAAAACUUUUUACUGAAGCAACUGUGCAGCAGAGGGGUAACUCCUUUCUUGUUGUUUGGUGAUUUUGGUGCGUACAAUCUGUUAUCUCCUCAUUGAUGUUGGUAGAGAGGAUAUGUGCUGAGAUAUAUGGUCCAUCAUCCUUGCAGUUAAGCAUCAUAGGACAAAAGGAUGAGGAAUAGUUGCCUUAAGUUUAUCAGAAAUCUGACAGCAAGAAGAAUCAGGUGAAUGUGUAGGAGAGGUUGAGCAGUUGUUCCUCUCAGAUAAGUCGAAUACCGCUUUUGAAGUACUGAAUCUUUGUUAAUCUGUUCUCUGGCUGAUAGAUUCUUGACAGGCCUAUUCUAUGCAUCUCUGUCUGCCCCAAAUGUAUGACAGUGACUGUUCAUUGUGUAUCAUAAACUGAGCUCACUGAUUGAUUUCCUACUUCUUUGAGCACCACUAGCUAUGUGGCAAUGAUAUUGUUGUGCCUCAAUAUUGACAUAUGAUGGCCCUCUCUUCAAAAUCUGCUUACUAACAGAAUUUAUGCUGCCUAAGAUUACUUUUGCCCUGAGUUAACCUAAUCUGCAGCCAUGAGAAAAGUCAUAGUACAUCUUUUCGGGAUCUGCUGAGGUGGACAUUUGUUGGAUGACUAGACAUUCACCAUACUCAGUUGUCGUUGGUACUGGUAUCCUUCUGAGUUUCGAGAGCAAAAGUUUCAGGAAGAAAAGAGUAAUAAAUCGACAGAUUGAACAAAAUGGUGGGAAAAGCCACAUUGCUUGAAGGUAGAAAAUACUUUGAUCUGGUAAGUGGAUCCGAUGGGAAGUGUUUUGGAUAGGGAUGUAAACAUAUAUCUGCUCAAGCAACUUUGUUUCCAGUCGGAGUAGUAUCAUUUAACCUGACAUAGUAAGGCAGGAUAGCAGUCGAGUGGAUUUUGGGAUGAACCAACUCUAUAAUAGAACGAGAGAUACCAAGAAACGUUCGUCUAGUUUUGGAAUCCCCGCUUAGCCCUUCAAUAACUUACUGGCAAUAGUGUUUGAUGAUUUUGGCUGGCUGUGUUUCCUGUUGCCGAUACAAUUCAGAGAAAUUUUAACUAUCUCAACAUUUGUAUAAAGUGGCACUGCUUCAUGUUUAAUUUUUACUCAAGCCAUGAAAGGUACGACCAAGGAGAUUGUUCACACACUGAAGAGAGUACUAUGCUACCAGUCUGAGGCAACGGGUAGAAAGAAUAAUUGGCCUGAAACCUUCAGUUGGAUUUCUUGAGUAAUUGGAAGCGGGAGGCUAGCCCAGCGAUGUGUUUGAGGCUUUUUUGUUUAAUCAAAAUAUGUUUAUGGCUUAAUAUGCUGAACUGUCAAUGUACCAUACAGUUGGACACAAGGUGGUUACACAUGUAGAUUCACAUAAAUCUGGAAUAGCCUAAAUAGGACAUAGAAACCUGUUUGCGCUUCUCUCUGAUUGGAACAUUGCUAUCUUUUUUCAUGAUUAUAUUUUUUCUUUAUAAUCCUUUUUGCAA